AUGGAUGAAGUCUUGCAUUCUUUCCUAGAAGGAAAGCUUUCUAAAGAACAAUUUCAGGCAACAUUGGCUUUACACUACACAAACGAGCAAGGAUUAUACGAAGAAUUAAGGAGUUGUAUUCAAAUAUGUAUCCAAUCUGGUAGGGAUGAGCGCACGUACGAAGCUUUUCAUCAUUUACUGGACAUGACAGCAGGUAUAUCUUCUCUUGCAAUUCGAAAAAGCCUACUAGAAUAUAUGUAUGCACAACUCUCGCCAUUAGAAGGUAUCCGGUCCGAACUAUUAGCGAAGUGCAGUUUACUGCUUGCUGCCGUUUUUGAAGCGGAAAAUGACUACGAAAAUCUUUGUAGCGCUUUGGAAACGUUAGAAAAACAUGCAAACCUGGAAACUGAUUUAGAACAACUUUUAUUGUUAAGAAUUCGAUUAGGAGAAAACUAUAUUAAGUUUGGCAAACCGGAGAAAGCAAUUCUUUUGAUGCGGACAAGUAUGCCAAUUGCACACAAAACAAAUGAUCAUCAACUGUUAAUGGAGCUUCAGCUAUGUAAUGCAAGGGCUCUAGAUGAAACGUUGCAAUUCUUAGACGCAGCCAGAAGUUACUAUAAAGCUCUUCAGUAUAAAGUUCCGGGGAAUGAGAUUGUUUUCCUUGAGAACCUAAGUCUUGCCAUACAAUGCCUGUUUUUGGCAACUCCUUCUCAAGUUGUUUUGCAGUUCCUACAGGAACUAUCUUUACUUCCAAAUGUGAAGGAAUUACCUCUCUAUCCAUUUUUAAAUAAAUACCUUAAAAGAAAUUUUGUUACACCGGAAGAUGCAAACUCGAUCUUGCCAUUCUUACUUCCCCACCAAGUUCAGUACAUGCAUACCCUCAUAGCAAAUCCAAAACAUUUUUUGGAGACAAAUCUUCUUUUCGUAUCGGAUUUUUACGAAGUUGCAUCUUUGGAGAGUCUAGCAAAAAUCUUUGGCAUUACAACGAAGGAAUUGGAUUCUGUAUUAACAAAUAUGAUUUUUCAACAUCGAAUUCGAGUUACCAUUGAUCAAUUUGCUGGCUAUGUUUCCUUUCUACCUAAUUCCGAAAAACCUUUAAACCGUCCAAAUUACAUCGAGAAUCUUUCCCAAAUACUAAAUCAAUACGGAUAA